AAAAUUCAUUUUUGGGUUCCCAUCUUUUCUCCUCUGAAACCUCCUCACUGACCAUGCCAAUCUCCAUUGAGCCACGUCUACCUUUAAGGUCCUCCCCUUUGUCCACUUGGCAAGGAUCAUACCCCACUGCUGCGGCUUUUCCUCUCCUUGGUCUAUUCCCCACUACCAUCACUGUACCCUCCACCACCAAAUCUAGCCACUCCGUCUCACCCUUACCCAACUCACCCAACUCACCCGACUCACGUCCUCCUUCUCUGUCUCAAACUCCAUCCACUCCCUCACCCAACUCACCCGACUCCCCCAAAUCACCCAUCACUCACUCGUCAUCCCUCUCACCUACUACCUUCCCAACCAUUUCUCCAGCAUCUUCCCCUGCUCACACAGGCAGCUCCCAAUCUCCAUUUUGUUCCACCGCCUCACCUCCAUCCAGUCUUAACAACCAAAUGUCAGCCCCUGCCUCAUCUUCUCCCCUUCAACCGAUAGAUCCACCCAUCCGCACUCAUCCCAUGGUAACUCGUUCUCAAAACCAGAUUUUUAAACCAAAGCAACUCUACCUUGCUGCAACUCCCUGUUCAGAAGCUGAGCCAACAUGUGUGAGUCAAGCACUGAAAGAUCAUCGGUGGAGGCAGGCCAUGUCUGAGGAAUUCACUGCUUUGGUAAGUCAAGGUAAAUGGGAUCUUGUUCCUCCUGCACCUAACCAAAAUAUUAUUGGUUGUAAGUGGGUUUUCAGGUUGAAACAAGACAAAGAUGGACGAGUUGAACGUUAUAAAGCCAGACUUGUAGCUAAGGGGUUCCAUCAACAACCGGGGACCGAUUACACUCAAACCUUCAGUCCAGUUAUCAAACCGACAACAAUCCAAGCCAUUCUCUCCAUCGCUGUAAGCAGGGGUUGGAAAAUUCAUCAGUUAGACAUCAACAACGCAUUCCUUCACGGGAAACUUGAUGAAAAAAUAUUUAUGCAGCAACCCGCUGGGUUCAUUGAUCCUCAUCUUCCCCACCAUGUUUAUGACAUACUCAUCACUGGAAGCAAUCCUGUCGCUAUUGACAAUUUGAUCACUGCCAUGAGUUCCAAAUUUUAUGUGGAAAAUCUUGGUGAACUGGAUUUCUUUCUCAGAGUGGAACCUAUUCAAACUAGUGCUGGCUUAUUUCUUUCCCAACAACGGUAUAUUCAAGACAUUUUGCAACGAGUGGGCAUGGACAAUGCCAAAGCAGUAAGCACGCCCCUCUCUUCUACAACAUCUCUUCGGCAAUUCUCAAGUCACUCACUCACCAACCCAAUGGCAUAUAGACAAAUUGUUGGUUCCCUUCAGUAUUUAUCUCUAACUCGGCCAGAUUUAUGCUUUGCUGUUAACCGGCUAUCUCAAUUCAUGCACAAUCCUACUGAUCUUCAUUGGCAAGCAGUAAAACGUGUUCUUCGCUAUCUUAAUGGUACAAAAUUUCAUGGCCUUCUGCUUCGUCCACAAACCUCUUUGUCUCUUCAUGGUUUUUCUGAUGCUGAUUGGGCUGGUGAUAAGAACACUUCAAUUUCCACAACUGGCUAUGUGAUGUAUCUUGGCUCCAAUCCAGUGUCUUGGAAAGCAACCAAACAACGAGCUGUAGCACGAAGCUCAACAAAGGCAGAGUACAGAGCACUAGCAGCAGCUAGCUCCGAAAUGGUUUGGAUUCUUAAUCUUCUUCAUGAGCUUGGCAUCCAUCCUUCCACACCCCUUGCGCUUUACUGUGAUAAUAUAGGGGCAACCUAUCUCAGCAGCAAUCCAAUCAUGCAUUCUCGCAUGAAACACAUUGCCAUCGACUUGCACUUUGUUCGUGACUUAGUGGACCACAAAGUCCUUCGAGUUUCUCAUAUCUGUUCUAAAGAUCAGUUUGCUGAUGGACUUACCAAACCCUUAUCCAGUGCUCGCUUUACUUAUUUGAGGUCCAAGAUUGGAGUCGCAGACGGCUCCUCCAUCUUACAGGGGCGUGUUAAGGAAAAGAUCUCUGCAAUCUCUUCAUGAGCAAUUCCCACUCCUUAUUUAUGUCAAUCCUUGAUUUAGUGUCAAUCUUUGAUUUAGUGAAUAUUAUAUUAUGUUUCCUUUUGUAAUAGGGUUACUAAAUUUGUGCGCCUGUAUAUAUAAGUGUUGCAUACACAUGAAUAGAAUUAAGUUAUUCAG